UCAAAGAAUGAAGGGAAAGUUUUGGAAUAACAUACAGAUACAUUUUGUCUUAAGUUCAUUCACAUAUUUAAUCAGGCUUGUAAGAAAGCUUAAAACUCACAGUAGAUUGGAAAACACAGAACAACGGUUGUGAUUUAAAAUUUAAAGUCAUGCUACACAUUUAUAAACCGCAGCUAAUAGGGAAUUAGAAAGUGUGCGAGUAUACAAGCUGAGGAGGCGGUCAUUGACUGGUCCAAAGGUGACUGACUGCCUUUAGUUCCUUUUCUGGUGCAUCUAGUCUGGUCGCUGAAUGGGUUCAGCACGCUGGCCAGCUCCCCGUGCCUUCUGGUCUCUGUUGACUUAAGAAAGAAUGGAGUCCGGAAAGGAAGAUCUCAUCUGUUCUUUGUAUUGAUAAUUACAGUUCCACAACCCCCGGUGAAGACAGUGUAACAGAGUCAGUACACUAGAUAUUGCUGCUGCCGAGUUUUGGGGGUGUCUUAUUUGUUGUGUGGGGUUCCUAUUCCUUCACUCAGAUCCUUCAUGGAGGAAGGACUAAACAAUCAGAAACCUGGCAAGGUUCAGCAGAAAAUACACCGACUUCUAGGGACUUGAGGUGGGUGGGUGGGCACUUGAUUUCUACUUUGAAUUUCAUGAGCCAUACAUCGAGUCACUCCAAUUUCAUUUUACAGUGGGCACAUGCGGUGGCAUAGGUUGUUGGAAAAGAGGUUUACACAGGUGAGACAAACACACUGCCUGCCUUUCCCACUGCCCUUUCCCAGUCCCCACACCCCAGAUAAGAAGUCUGAACUAGAAGAUAGACCUUUUCUUGAAGGUGACAUCUCACUGAAUUCCUCUUUGUGUGACCUCUGCACGCUUGCAGAAAGCCUGCUUUCCGCUGGUCAGAAGUUACCAUUGGCUUCUUUAUUUUCCCUCCCCACCCCACCCCCGGGAGAAAAAAAAAAAAAACUUUUUGUCCCCGGGAGGGGAAGAGAGGUCAAGGCAAGUAGAGGUGGUCUACAUAGGAGGUGGGGUAAGGCAGACUGGGAGGUAUGAGGGUCAAAAGUAGUGGAGUUCUGAGGUUUUGGGGGUGCUCUGCGCUUUCCCCCUGUAGGCCUUUGCAGUCGCCCUCUCCGCCGCGGACACUGGAGAGUUAAGCCAAUAAACACGUAAGCGCCGCUCGCUCCCCAAUCGGCAAGAUGCCUCUCCGGCUCUUGGCUGCACCGACAGCUUGCAACACUCGGCAUCUUUUCUGGAGGCGCCUCCUUCAGCGGCUGCAGAUGGCAUCCGGCUGCGGGCUCAGGGCUCGCAAUUGAUUCUCGCCCUUGCCCACCGCGGGUGCACACACGCACCUCUCCCUUCUCCUCCUCCCCUCGCGCUCCUGGGUCUGCGCUCAGCUCGCUCUCGCCCGGCAGAGGAAGCAGUCGCGGCGGCCGAAGCUGAGCAGCAGCGCUCGCUCUCCCUGACCUAGGAAGAAGCGCCCACCGGGACAGCCGACCCUCGGCUGCCUCCAGCGCCCCCCACCUUUUGCACCCCAAACCAGGGGCACCGGGGACCCCCCUCUCCCAGGCGCCACCAUGCUGGACCCUUCGUCCAGCGAAGAGGAAUCGGAUGAGAUCCUGGAAGAGGAGAGCGGCAAGGAGGUGCUGGGCUCGGCCGCGUCCGGAGCGCGCCUGUCUCCCAGUCGCACCAGCGAGGGCUCGGCCGGCAGCGCCGGGAUGGGGGGCAGUGGCGCCGGGGCCGGGGUGGGCGCCGGCGGCGGUGGGGGUAGCGGCGCGAGCAGCGGCGGCGGGGCCGGGGGUCUGCAGCCCAGCAGCCGCGCCGGCGGCGGCCGGCCCUCCAGCCCCAGCCCGUCGGUGGUGAGCGAGAAGGAGAAGGAAGAGUUAGAGCGGCUGCAGAAGGAGGAGGAGGAGAGGAAGAAGAGGCUGCAGCUGUACGUGUUCGUGAUGCGCUGCAUCGCCUACCCCUUCAACGCCAAGCAGCCCACCGACAUGGCUCGGCGACAGCAGAAGAUCAGCAAGCAACAGCUACAGACUGUCAAGGACCGGUUCCAGGCUUUCCUCAACGGGGAGACCCAGAUUGUAGCUGAUGAAGCCUUUAUGAAUGCUGUCCAGAGCUACUAUGAGGUGUUUCUCAAGAGUGACCGCGUGGCCCGCAUGGUACAGAGUGGGGGCUGCUCAGCCAAUGACUCUCGGGAGGUCUUCAAGAAACACAUUGAGAAGAGGGUGCGCAGCCUCCCUGAGAUUGAUGGCCUCAGCAAGGAGACAGUGCUAAGCUCCUGGAUGGCCAAGUUUGAUGCCAUCUACCGUGGUGAAGAGGACCCCAGGAAGCAGCAAGCCCGGAUGACAGCCAGUGCAGCUUCUGAGUUGAUUCUGAGCAAGGAACAGCUCUAUGAGAUGUUCCAGAACAUUCUUGGGAUCAAGAAAUUUGAACAUCAACUCCUGUAUAAUGCCUGUCAGCUGGACAAUCCAGAUGAGCAGGCCGCCCAGAUCAGACGAGAGCUGGAUGGACGUCUCCAAAUGGCAGACCAAAUAGCCAGGGAACGCAAAUUUCCUAAGUUCGUAUCCAAAGAAAUGGAAAACAUGUACAUUGAGGAGCUGAAGUCCUCCGUCAACCUGCUCAUGGCCAACUUGGAGAGCAUGCCGGUGUCCAAGGGUGGAGAGUUCAAGCUACAGAAACUGAAACGCAGUCACAAUGCUUCCAUCAUCGACAUGGGGGAGGAGAGUGAGAAUCAGCUCUCCAAGUCGGAUGUCCUGCUGUCCUUCUCCUUGGAGGUGGUGAUCAUGGAAGUCCAAGGCCUUAAGUCCUUGGCUCCAAAUCGAAUCGUGUACUGCACAAUGGAGGUGGAGGGUGGAGAGAAACUUCAGACUGAUCAAGCAGAGGCUUCUAAACCAACAUGGGGCACUCAAGGCGACUUCUCCACAACCCACGCACUGCCAGCUGUUAAAGUAAAGCUAUUCACAGAGAGCACUGGUGUCCUGGCCUUGGAAGACAAGGAACUCGGGCGGGUUAUCCUCCAUCCCACCCCAAACAGCCCCAAACAAUCUGAGUGGCACAAAAUGACAGUCUCCAAAAACUGCCCUGAUCAAGACCUCAAAAUCAAACUUGCUGUCCGAAUGGAUAAGCCUCAAAACAUGAAGCACUCUGGGUACUUAUGGACCAUUGGUAAGAAUGUGUGGAAAAGAUGGAAGAAGAGGUUCUUUGUGUUGGUGCAGGUCAGCCAGUACACUUUUGCCAUGUGCAGCUAUCGAGAAAAGAAAGCAGAGCCUCAGGAACUCCUCCAGUUGGACGGCUACACCGUGGAUUACACUGAUCCUCAGCCAGGUUUGGAGGGUGGCCGAGCCUUCUUCAAUGCAGUCAAAGAAGGAGACACGGUGAUAUUUGCAAGUGAUGAUGAACAAGAUCGAAUCUUGUGGGUCCAAGCUAUGUACAGGGCCACUGGGCAGUCGCACAAACCUGUGCCCCCUACCCAGGUGCAGAAGCUCAAUGCCAAGGGUGGAAAUGUGCCUCAGCUGGAUGCCCCCAUCUCUCAGUUUUCUGGACUGAAGGACGCAGAUAGAGCUCAGAAGCAUGGUAUGGAUGAAUUUAUCUCUUCCAACCCCUGUAACUUUGACCACGCUUCCCUCUUUGAGAUGGUGCAGCGGCUGACUUUGGAUCACAGACUAAAUGAUUCCUAUUCUUGCCUGGGCUGGUUCAGUCCUGGUCAGGUGUUUGUAUUAGACGAGUAUUGUGCUCGAAAUGGAGUCCGAGGAUGUCAUCGCCAUCUCUGCUACCUUAGAGACUUGCUGGAACGGGCAGAAAACGGCGCCAUGAUUGACCCCACACUUCUCCACUAUAGCUUUGCCUUCUGCGCAUCCCAUGUGCAUGGUAACAGUCAACAAAUGCAUGUGCAUCUUAGUGGGCUACUAUCAAACACAGACUUUCAAGGGGGCAAAUCUCCACCUUCUCCUGAACCAGAGGCUAAAAAAGAUCCACGAAGAGAAUCAAAAAAAAGAAAAGAGUCCAAACCUCACCCAACUCAAGAGCAAAAAAGGCCUGAUGGAAUCGGAACUGUGACUGUUGAAGAAAAAGAACGCUUUGAAGAAAUCAAAGAGAGACUCCGAGUUCUGCUGGAAAAUCAAAUCACACAUUUCAGGUACUGCUUUCCGUUUGGUCGGCCUGAAGGUGCUUUGAAAGCUACUCUCUCACUCUUGGAACGGGUUUUGAUGAAAGAUAUUGUCACUCCAGUACCACAAGAAGAGGUCAAAACCGUCAUCCGUAAAUGCCUAGAGCAGGCUGCUCUAGUCAACUACUCACGCCUGUCUGAGUAUGCCAAAAUUGAAGAGAAUCAAAAGGAUGCAGAAAAUGUAGGCCGCUUAAUCACUCCCGCCAAAAAGCUUGAAGACACAAUCCGUCUUGCUGAACUAGUCAUUGAAGUACUGCAACAAAACGAGGAGCAUCAUGCCGAGGGGAAAGAGCCACAUGUUGAUAAAGGAGAAGCCUUUGCGUGGUGGUCAGACUUAAUGGUGGAGCAUGCGGAGACGUUCCUGUCACUCUUUGCAGUGGACAUGGAUGCAGCAUUAGAGGUGCAACCCCCAGACACGUGGGACAGUUUCCCACUCUUCCAGCUGCUGAAUGACUUUCUCCGUACAGACUAUAAUUUGUGCAAUGGAAAGUUUCACAAACACCUGCAGGACCUGUUCGCCCCACUUGUUGUUAGAUAUGUGGAUCUGAUGGAGUCCUCCAUUGCACAAUCCAUCCACAGGGGCUUUGAGCGGGAGUCAUGGGAACCAGUCAAGAGUUUAACCAGUAACCUACCUAAUGUGAACCUACCCAAUGUGAACCUACCCAAAGUACCAAAUCUACCAGUUAACAUCCCUCUAGGCAUCCCACAAAUGCCUACUUUUUCGGCACCGUCAUGGAUGGCUGCUAUAUAUGAUGCUGAUAAUGGAUCAGGUACAUCAGAAGAUUUGUUCUGGAAACUUGAUGCCCUUCAAACUUUCAUCCGUGACCUACACUGGCCUGAGGAAGAGUUUGGAAAACACUUAGAGCAGCGGCUGAAACUGAUGGCAAGUGACAUGAUUGAGUCCUGCGUCAAAAGAACCAGGAUUGCAUUUGAAGUUAAACUGCAAAAAACCAGUCGAUCAACAGAUUUUCGAGUCCCACAGUCAAUAUGCACCAUGUUUAAUGUUAUGGUUGAUGCCAAAGCUCAAUCAACAAAACUUUGCAGCAUGGAAAUGGGCCAAGAGCAUCAAUACCAUUCAAAAAUAGAUGAACUAAUUGAAGAAACCGUUAAAGAAAUGAUCACACUCUUGGUGGCAAAGUUUGUAACUAUAUUGGAAGGCGUACUGGCAAAGUUAUCCAGAUAUGACGAGGGGACUUUGUUUUCUUCUUUUCUGUCAUUUACGGUGAAGGCAGCUUCCAAGUAUGUGGACGUGCCUAAACCUGGGAUGGAUGUGGCCGACGCCUACGUGACUUUCGUUCGCCACUCUCAGGAUGUCCUUCGUGAUAAGGUCAAUGAGGAGAUGUAUAUAGAAAGGUUAUUUGAUCAAUGGUACAGCAGCUCCAUGAACAUCAUCUGCACCUGGCUGACCGACCGGAUGGACCUGCAGCUUCACAUUUAUCAACUGAAAACGCUAAUUAGGAUGGUAAAGAAAACCUAUAGAGAUUUCCGAUUGCAAGGGGUCCUGGAUUCCACCUUAAACAGCAAAACCUAUGAGACCAUCCGAAACCGUCUCACUGUGGAGGAAGCUACAGCAUCAGUGAGUGAGGGUGGGGGCUUACAAGGUAUCAGCAUGAAGGACAGCGAUGAGGAAGAUGAAGAAGAUGAUUAGACCAUUCUCUGGGUCCAAGAGUUCGCUGGGAUGGAGUCCUGUAAUCAAUGCAUGUCUUUAGUCUGUUAGUUAACCCCACUAGGGAAUUUUCUGUCAACCACCAUGCCCAUGAGAUGUUUACCAAUACAAUUACCAUUUUAGCUGUGUGGUACCAAGAUUAGCAAAUGGUUUCCUGAUUUCUGUGUCUAUAUGUUUACAAGCAAUAUGGAACACCAUUCUUAAACAACAUUCAUGGGGAGAAGACAUAGUUCAGCUGCUAGGUGUGUCCCUUUUGUUAGCAGAACAAAACGAUGCUUCAUCCUGUACUAUGCAUACACUGAUGGGAAGAGGAUAUGGGAGCAAGUGUGUUUCCAUGUCUCUGUUUUAUGUAUGUGUAUACCAGGUAUUUAAAUUAGUACAUAAAUAAAUUAAUUUAAGCACAUAGAUCUACUUGGUUUUGGUUUUUCAUUUUGUUCUUGUUUUAUGGGAAGGGAAAAAAGGCGUGGUUCCAACAGCCAACUUUAGCUUUUCUCAUCCCCUAAAACUGAAAGCAAUGGACCCAGCUUUGCAUUUAUCCAUGUAGUUUCCCCCACCAAAAAGUUACAUAUUAAUGGAUUAAUUAUUUUAAUUGUCAUGGCAAGGGGGCCAUGUGAUCAGGAUGUAGCAUUGAGCAAGGUUCAGACCAACUGUCUUCUAUGAAAGUUUAUCCUAGUAAAUGUCACAUUUUGCUUUUCUGUUUCAAUAACUGUAUAUGUAAAAAAAAAAAAAAAAAAAAAAAAAAACUUAUUGAAAUGACAACCCUAGACUAUAAAUGUAUUUAUAAUAAGAUAUGGAUAUUUCCUCCAGUAGACUGUAACCAUAAUUUCAAUUAUUUUGUUCCACACUGUUUUUUAUAUCUGUCAUAUACAUUGCACUUUGAUCUGUAACUGGGCGACCCUGGGGUCCGCUGUAGAGCUGUUUCUUUCUGUGGAAAGUAGUGGAUCCAUCUUGCUUUUUGCCUUAUAUAAAAGCCUACAGUUGUAAAAGUGUGGGAAACUGUGGCUUCUCAAUAAAUAAUUAUUCAAAUGUCCUAA